AUGAGGCCUGGCAGAAAGAACACCUACUCGUACACUUUUCCGAAUCCGAAUCUGGAUUCUCUCAAGGGGUUAGCAAGUCAGAUUACACUGGAUGAGUUGACCAAGUUCAAACAAGAUUAUGGGAGGAUUCUGUACUUCCUCAAGACACCGUUUACCAAGUAUGAAUCGGAUGGAGUUCACACUUUGCUCCAAUUCUAUAACCCUUCUCUCCGCUGCUUCACAUUUCCCGACUACCAUUUGGUUCCUACCUUGGAGGAAUACUCUUUUUUCCUCGGUAUCUCUAUCAAAGAGCAGAUACCAUAUCAUAGCAUGAUGAAGGCUCCUACUUCUAUCGAGAUUGCAAAGGCUCUUUAUUUGAGCAAAUCAGUUGUGGAAGCAAACCUCAAGGAAAAGGGAAACUGUCCUGGAUUUCAUUUGGAGUUCUUGCUUCAGAAAGCUUAUGACGCUGUUGUGACUAAACAGUGGGACACAUAUAGAGCUCUUCUGGCUCUGAGUAUCUAUGGCAUAGCGAUGUUCCCAAAUGUGGUCAAUUUUGUUGACAUGAAUGCGAUCCAUAUCUUCAUUCUGAAGAACCCGGUUCCUACGCUCCUAGGUGAUGUUUAUCACUCAAUACACCACAGAAAUGACCGAAAAGGGGGAUUGGUUCAGUGUUGUGCCCCAUUAUUGUAUCGUUGGUUUAGGUAUCAUCUUCCUGAGCGCGGCCCUUUCGUUGACAAUAGACAUACAUCAAGAUGGUCCGAUAGAAUCAUGGGGCUGGUAGCCAAAGACAUUGUCUGGUAUAAUAAGUCGUUGGAUGACGUGGAGAUUAUUAUGGGUUGCGGAAAGUUUAACAAUGUGCCUCUCAUGGGGUUAAGAGGAGGGAUCAAUUACAAUCCCAUACUGGCCAGAAGGACUUUUGGAAAUGCUUUUGUGAGUCCUCCUGAAAACAAAGAGGUUGAUGAUGUCAUGUUCUAUCAUUUGGCCACAAAUUCUGGAAAGCUGGAAGAGAUGAUACAAGCCUGGAAAACAGUUCGCCGAAAAGGUAAGAAGCAUUUUGGCCCGAAAGAUUGUGCUACUUAUGAGGCCUACACUACAUGGGUGAAGUCUGUGGCAGAAGCUCAAGGGAUGUCUUUUCCUCCUAAGGAUCCUUUAUACCCCCCAUCCGAGGACCAACCCAACAUUGUUUCCAUGCCGCGCUACAAUCAAACGGUGAAUCAAAAUAGAGAAUUAACCGAAUGA